UGUACAGACCUUUUAUGUUAGUCAUGUUCCUGCUGGAAUGGCUUGUGAUAUUAGCAAGUGUUAAUGUUAUUCGAUCAGCAAAUGCUGCAGUUUCCGAUUAUGCAUGGGCAAACAUCAGGAGAGUUAACCAGGAGGGUCCAUACUUGGGCAUUGUAGUCCCAAACAGUUUUGAGAUGAGCCCUCUUCUCCAAUCUCCAAGUUUUGUCCCGCACGACAAGCUUCCUUACAUUGAUGUUGCUGGAAGAAGGUUUCGGAUUGGGAAGGUGGAAAAUAAAAGGGUCAUUGUGGUCAUGACAGGAUUAAGCAUGUUGAAUGCAGGUGUAUCCACAGAGUUGUUGUUAAGUCUAUUCAAGAUCAAGGGAAUUCUUCACAUUGGUAUUGCAGAAAAUGCCAAUCCUCAAUUGCAAAUAGGUGAUGUUACCAUCCCACAGUAUUGGGCACAUACGGGCCUCUGGAACUGGCAGAGGUAUGGGGAUGGACCUGAAGAUAAACUAUCUUUAGAGUCCAAUGGAGACUACACAAGAAGUGUUGGCUACCUCGAGCUCUCUGAUUUCAACAGUAACGUGAAAGACCAAAACCUUCUAAACAAUGUUUGGUAUCAACCGGAAGAAGUUUUUCCGGUAGAUGGAUAUCCUGAAAUCAGGCAACAUGCCUUUUGGAUUCCUGUCAAUGAAUUAUAUUUUUCACUUGCUGAGAAACUUGAGGGAAUAAAGCUCGAAGGCUGCUUGAAUUCAACCUGUUUACCAAGAAGGCCGCUGGUGACUAGGGUGGAAAGAGGGAUUAGUGCAAAUGUGUUCGUUGACAAUGUUGCUUAUCGCGAAUUCGUGUAUACAAAGUUCAAUGCAACAGCAAUUGACAUGGAAAGCGCAGCAAUUGCACUCGUGUGUCUGCAGCAAAGGACUCCUUUCCUAACAAUCAGAGCACUGUCAGAUCUGGCUGGUGGUGGUUCUUCUACAUCCAAUGAAGCUGCAAUUUUUGCUCCGUUGGCAGCUCAUAAUGCAGUCGUUGUUUUGCUUAAAUUCAUUUCUUUACUGAAUCCUUAGUUCCUGUAGACUUAUGAAUUGAAAGCUUCCUCCAUUCACAAACUUCUCUCUGGCGCGAUAAAGCAGUCGGAAUUUGUCCGUCAACAUAU